CCUGAACGAGAGUACCAAUAUGCCUGAAGCCCCUUCCUGGAAGAUUCUUAAACACUAUCAAACAUUUCUAGGCUCGGGAAAUUGACCAAGAAAUCGAUAUUGAGCAAUGUCUCGGUAGAACACCGAAUCCAGAGGACUUCCGGCGAAGCUUCUACAGCCAAGUGGAGAUAGCCUUGCAUCAUUCGCCUUAACCAGGUUAAUGGGUAGAUAGCUCUUCAACUGUUGAUGUGCAAGCUAUGGGUUGUGAACCCCGUCGUAGCUUCACUAACCCUUUUCUAACUUAGCACCGAUAUUCUCCUCCAGAUGUAGGCUUCGCGGCCCUUAUAUAAAUAUCCAUGGGAUUCUCGCCAUGACCUAUCCCUAUUAGAAAACUCUCAUUCUCCUGCGCUCGUUCUUAAUUUUGUGUUAUUUCUAAAGGGUUCUCUGUUGAUCAAGCCCUCGUUCAUUCCCUUUUCCCGGUACAUUUUCAUUCUUUAAAGAUGCAUUUCCUUCAGUCUUCUCUCUUGGCCGCGACCCUGGGCGCUGUGCUGGCCACUGCCGCCCCCAUGGCCGAUCUUCAGCAGCGUGCAAGCUGUACCUUCACCUCUGCAGCCGCAGCCAAGUCCGGCAAAACCGGGUGUUCUACUAUCACUCUCAAAAAUAUUGCGGUUCCCGCGGGUCAGACCCUCGAUUUGACUGGUCUCAAGACCGGAACUACGGUUAUCUUCGAGGGAGAAACAACCUUCGGCUACAAGGAAUGGAAGGGUCCUCUGAUUUCCAUGUCCGGCACCUCUAUUACUGUCAAGCAAGCCCCCGGAGCCAAGAUUGACUGCGGCGGAGCCCGCUGGUGGGAUGGCAAAGGUAGCAAUGGUGGCAAGACCAAGCCCAAGUUCUUUGCUGCCCACAAGCUGGACCAGUCUUCUAUUACGGGCCUUAAGGUCUACAACACCCCCGUCCAGGGUUUCAGUAUUCAGGCGAACCACCUGACCAUCACUGGGGUUACUAUUGAUAACUCCGCCGGAACCGGCAAGGGACAUAACACCGACGCUUUUGAUAUUGGCUCCAGUACCUAUAUCACCAUUGAUGGUGCUACUGUUUAUAACCAGGAUGAUUGCUUGGCUAUUAAUUCUGGCGAGCACAUCAUCUUCACCAAUGGCCACUGUGACGGUGGCCACGGUCUUUCGAUCGGAUCUGUUGGCGGCCGCAAGGACAACACUGUCAAUGAUGUUACUAUUUCCAACUCCAAGAUUGUGAACUCCCAGAACGGUGCCCGAAUUAAGACAGUUUAUGGCACCACUGGAUCCGUUACUGGUGUUAAGUUCCAGGAUAUUACUCUGUCUGAAAUCUCCAAGUAUGGUAUUGUGGUCCAGCAGGAUUACAAAAAUGGCCGCCCUACCGGUGAACCCACCAACGGCGUGAAGGUUGAUGAUAUUACAUUCGAGAAAGUCACAGGCUCUGUCAAGAGCUCCGCCACCGACGUCUAUAUUCUCUGUGGUUCUGGCAGUUGUAAAGACUGGACCUGGAAGGGCAACUCGAUCACCGGCGGCAAGCGUGGCAACUGCAAGAAUGUUCCCUCUGGUGCUUCCUGCUAGAUGUGGGUGGAAGUUUAAAGGGGAAGAAUGGCCUCUUUUGUAGUCUAAUCUUCCUUUGUGGGGUUGGAGGUGUGGGUUAAGUGCGGAUGCUUUGUUUUUUACAUUCUAAUGGCGAGAACUGUGCCCUCUACUAAGGUAUGUACAAGCCACUGUCAAGUAUAUAAUACCAAGAAUGUUAUAGAAUUUUUUUUUC